GCGAACCAUAGCUCCUCGAUUUAAUAUUUCAAUCGAGCUGACCCGAUCCGAACUGACGACCUUGAAACGCGCAAAACCAAAAAUAUCGACACACCAUGUACUGAGAUCUAACGACCAGUUUUUUACUUCGAAACAGGAGGGUAAAUUUCCCUUCGAUGGAGCGGUUUGCUUUCGUUAAUGAGAAACCUUUUAACGCGUUCGACGUCCACUAUAAAUUGUGUAUCCAACUUCUUCCUUUGAAUCACUCGUGCUGAGAAUGCGCUCCAAGAGGAUCUUCCUGUCUGCAAACAGCGAAUACUCAUCGUCUUGUCCUUACUUAGUUGCCUAUUUUUCACUAAUCGAUUAAAUGGUUUGAAGAAGCCGAUUUGUAUUAAGACUUCAAUAGAAGAAUUAAGAAGAAAGUAGAGACUCAAUUUAUAUGGAAACUGAUGAUAAAAUGAUGAUAACGGGCGAUUUUUUCACAAUAGGAUAUCGAUUAUACGUACCACAAUAAUCCAAGGAUUAUAACAUUUUAUAAACAUUUAAUAUCCAUACUAGGAUAUAUUAAUUCGAUAACUUUGGAAUUAUCCGUUUUCGAAAUAACUAUUUUAAUCUUAAAAACUUACAAAAGCUUCGUACUUUGAAUUAAGUUGCUGAUGACAUGGAAAGGAGAUGGUAUGUAAGCAUACAGAAGAAGAAAUGAGAAGUAGUGAUUUUGUUGCAUAAGAUCUUGUGUCUGGAAGGUUACAAAAGCAACAAGUUUGUAUCUUCAUUAAGACGUCUUGCAAUAUAUAUUAUAUUUUUCAAACUUGGCUACAGAUUCUAAUUUUCAACUUGUUUAAUUCGUCUCAUUUUAAUCUGGCACGUUAAAAUGAUCGAAGAAGUAGGGAAAGAUACAGAAGAAUCCAUCGAAUCCAAACUACGACACAUUUUUUGCGAUAGAAUGUAGUAUUUGAAAAAAGUGGUGAAGGUUUAAAGAGACGGUUUCGAUGAUUAGCCCUCCGUAAGCAAACUGGGUCGUUGACAACCCAAGCGAGAUUUCACUCUUGAAUUUCUUCGAAACGAAUUCUUAUUUCUAUUGGGUAAAGUUUCAAAUGUUUGACUUAACGAGCGAUUAUAAUGUAAUAUAACGUAAUAUAUAUACGUUGAUAAGUAUAGACCUCUUAUAAGCUUUCCAGACUUUAUAGAAGCCUAGAACAAUAACAAAGAUUAGGCUUACAUAUAAAUGACCCAGUUUGCCAACCCAAGCCAAUCUUGCUUCUUCCAACGGAGUAUUAAAUUUAUAUUACACUAACCAUAAAUAAAAUAUUAGUUAUAUUUAAGAAACCAUCGAAUUGAUCUACGCGUUCAAUAUUUAAAGUUUAGUAUAAAAAUAUUAAGAUGCUUGCAUUGAUUUUUUAUUAAAGUAAUAUUCAUGAAAUUGACAUUAGUUUCGAACAAAAUCUAUAUUAUUAUCGUAAGUUGUUUGAUAGAUCCAUAAAGACGAAAUAUAUGUAUGCAUACAUGGCUCGCACGCCUUUCCAAGGAAACAUAUUUAUAGAUCCUGGCACUAAACAAGAAAAAAGAAGGGGUAUCGACCAAUUUAAUCCGUGUGCUUAGAAAACAAGUUGUUAUAAUUAUAUCGUCGAUGUUGUACAAAAAUUUGUAUAAAGGAUUUCGUUUCUUAGAUAAAGAUCGAAUUGGUACUUUGUGUUUCAACGAUAUCUUAAUCUUAAAGUUAUUAGUAAAACAACAGAAGCAAAUUACAAAUGUUGAACUUUGGGCUCAAAGGACGACAGUAUGAUAAGAGAUAUCAUGCUUUGUAGAAUCUCUGUGAAUGGGAAGUGAAUUUGGCGAUACGGGUAAAGGAUGAAUAGUACAAUAAUUAUUUAUGUUCAUACGACAUAUACUACAUGGACCGCCCAAAAAUAAAAUUUUUAUCGAGUAUAGAAAGAUACGAAAAAUUAAAAAAUUUAACAUAAAAUAGGAAUAAGUAUCCAAGCUGAUAUUAUGACUACAGCACUUAUCUUUUUUUUGUGUUACAGUACUAUAAUUAUACAUAUGUUAAUAUUUCAUAAUUAUGCAAUUAGAUGCAAAAAAGAUAAGUAUUUACACAAAUGCCAGAAUAUCAUCUUUUUUUUUAAUAUCACAAGUAUAAAUGCAUAUGUAUCUUUAUAUUUACUCUUAUUAUAAAGAAAUUUUUUAAAUAACCAUAAUAACAAUCACAGAACUGUUAAGUGAGAGCCUUACUGAAGAGUCCAUACUAGUAGAUCUUGGACGAAACACUCACUUUCUCUCUUCUCUCAUUGUGUCUAAGGUAUAGGUCUCUUAGGUGAGAGAACAAUCACAGAAAAAAAAAUUAAUUAACAAAUGUAACAGCCAUUCUCAGUUUAGGCUCACUUAAAUAUAUGAAACAACACGGAAGUAUCGAAAAGAAACUUUGUACAAUGUAGUAAAAUAUUUUCUGCAAAAAGCAAAACUAUCUUACUAAAAGCUUUCGAUUUUUUGUCAAGAUUCCAUCGGUACUUUUAAUUAUUCUCGUGUUACUAAAGUAACACAGUCUCAACACCUUAACACUUUAAACAACAGAAUGUAUCGAAAAUCGAUGCGACCGAUUGUUUCAGCAAAACAUUAUAACACAGUGUCUCUUAUCUACUAGUUAAAUCUCGCUAUUUAUCAAUAUUGCCUGACAAAAUAAUCCAAAAGAUAUUUUCCGCGACGAUUUAGUGACUGGCAGACGGGGCAGAUAAACGAAAGAUUCUCUCCGCAGAUCGAACGAUACUCUCAAUUCUCUUAAUGCCAGAGGAACGCUCGGUAUAAUUCAACAAGGGUGCUAGCUGAUAGUCGUAAGUGAUGGACAUUGGUAAUGUGCUGCAUCUGCUUUGCCACGAGGCGGAGGAGUGUUCUCGGCUGUUCGAGCUUUUAUUAAACAGCCUCUUUGUUCUGUGGAAAAGAUACACAAAAGCGAGAAUGAUUGUCUCGUUGAAAAAAAGAAACGGAAAAGAACGAAAAAAAUUAAAUUCUCCGAAGAAGAUUACACUUCUCUAAAAGCACUUCUCCAUUUAGAAAAAUAAAUAUCGAGAAAGAAAUCCGAAAAAUCUUCGAUGAUGUAAUUGUUACCAAAACAAAGUCAAAGUCGAAGGGAGUAUCACGAGUUGCUAAAUGAACGCGGAAAAGCGUGAACUCGGUAAAUCGAUGGUUGGAUUCGUGUCUUUUCCAUGGUAGACUAAUUUCACUUGGCCCAGAAACUCUGAGUAUAAACGUAUGGUGCGGAUGGGAGGGAAGAAAUCUUUGGAGAAUAGCGAAGAGGGGUACCGAAAGAAAAGUAUAACAUCCCUGUUUCGAAGACCUUGCAAUCUCUUCUCCCCAUUCACCGUUGCUAGUUCUUGCGCCACCCACAUUUCGUGCACUCCAGUGACGUCACACAGAAUACAUCGUGGAACCGGCACAGUUGCCGUUAAAUGGGGUGAGCCAACACUCCUCUUCAACCCCAUGAAAAGUCUUAUCCGACCAAUGGGGGAACUUCGUACUACUGUGCGUCGACCAAUCGCGAACAGAUCGUCAUUGAGAAGGACACGUACACGGAGGGGACCGAGGUCUUAAGAAGAGCAGAAGACACUGGUACCGGGACACUGUCGCACGCGGUGCUUAGAGGGACGAUUCAUUGGAUUAACAGCUAUUGCCGAUUCCGUCGAGAGAAACUGUUUCAGUGUUAUCCAAGUUCAACAUUUAGAUAGAUUUUUAAAUAGAAAUACCUACUUGCAUCGUUCGAUUGAUUUUCUUAUUGGUGAGCGAAAAUAUUAUAUGUUACAGUAUAGAUAGAAAAUUUUGUUGAAAAAUUAGAAAGUUUGUUCAGUUUGAAUCGAGGAUCAGUAUGAGUGGUUCCGGAAAGGGCCUUCUCGGGGUGUGGCUAUACAGAAGAGGCGAACACUGGGCCAUUAAAGAAGGAAGUCCCAUACAUAAGUCGAGCGAUAUCCCCAUGGUCGAACGGAAAUCAAACAGCGAUAAUAAAAAUUCUGUCGUUUUUUCCUUGAAAAACCAAAUCGGUGGCUUGGCACGAGCUCUGCAAGUUUUUCAGGACCUGGGUGUGAAUGUUAUUCAUAUCGAGUCACGGAAAUCAUUGCGUCGCGGCUCCGAAUUCGAAAUUCUCGUCGAUGUUGAAUGUGAUUCGAAAAGAAUGGAACAGUUGACGAGGAUGUUGAGCCGAGAAGUCGCUGCCAUUAAUUUGGCACAGUACGAGCAAACAGGAAAUAUUCCUCAUGCUCCAUCACUUUCCGCCGCUCCGAGUUUUGAUUUCAGCGAAGUAGAUAUGCCCUGGUUUCCACGAAAAAUAUCGGAUCUAGAUCAAGCUCAAAAUGUGCUCAUGUACGGAUCCGAAUUAGACGCGGAUCAUCCAGGCUUUAAAGACCCGGUGUAUCGCAAACGUCGUGUGCAAUUCGCGGAUAUCGCAAACAAUUACAGAUAUGGUCAACCAAUUCCUCGCGUUCAAUACACGCCAGAGGAGAUCAGAACUUGGGGAACCGUUUUCCGCGAAUUGCAUCAGCUUUAUCAAAAACAUGCUUGUAAGGAAUAUCUGGAAAAUUGGCCAAAACUGGAGAAAUACUGUGGCUAUAGAGAGGAUAAUAUACCACAGUUGCAAGAUGUAAACGUUUUCUUGAAACGAACAACUGGAUUUCAACUUCGACCCGUAGCAGGCUACCUUACACCAAGAGAUUUUUUGGCCGGUCUUGCUUUUCGAGUAUUUCAUUGUACACAAUACAUUCGACAUUCAUCCGAUCCUUUUUAUACGCCUGAACCGGACUGCUGUCACGAAUUGUUAGGGCACAUGCCGCUUCUGGCGAAUCCAAGUUUCGCACAAUUCUCGCAGGAACUUGGACUUGCUUCGCUUGGAGCUUCGGACGAGGACAUCAAUAAAUUGGCUACUCUUUAUUUCUUUACGGUGGAAUUUGGAUUAUGCAAGCAAGAUGGUAUACUUCGCGUUUACGGAGCUGGUUUAUUGUCUUCUGUCGCGGAACUGAAACAUGCUGUGUCCGUUCCCGAGAAGACGUUCCGAUUCGAUCCAGAAGUGACUUGCAAGCAAGAAUGCAUCAUUACCGCGUUUCAAAAUGCGUACUAUUACACGGAUAGCUUUGAAGAAGCAAAAGAAAAAAUGCGAACAUUUGCGAACCAAAUACAACGACCAUUUGGAUUACGCUAUAAUCCCUACACUCAAUCAGUGGAAGUUCUCACGGACGCUCAAAAAAUCACGGCGGUAGUCAGUGAACUUAGGGGUGACCUCUGUAUCGUCUCAAAUGCCCUAAAGAAGAUACACGAACAGGAUGAUACGGUGGACGUUGAGAGGAUAACCAGCCUUUUAACGCAAGGUAUCGAAUUACCUCAAGAUUCUUCGUCUUCUGACAGCGAUGUUGAUAGAAGUCCUAAUGUCGAGUCGCCUGAGAAACCAAUAAAAAAUCAGAAUAAAAACUAUUCUUCUGACAAUAUUGUUGUUAACUCAUGAACGUUAUUUCUGUAAACGUAGUUUGCGAAUAGAACUAUCAAAAUUAGAAAUUAUGAUUGUACGUAUACAAUUAUAGAGUUUAGCAAUAUGUAUAUGAAAUAUGCACAGUUGUCUAUGCUUGUAGAAAACGAUAUUUAAAUUAGAAGAUUACUAAAGUUGCACUGAGUAGAAUGAAAAUGAAUAAAAAAUUAUGUGAAGUAUAGUAAUCAAAA